AAUAUUAUCAAAUUUCAACUUUAUUCCUUCUUUAUGCUUUGUGUUUAAUACAUAAAGGCGUCAGGUCCAUGAUGUCAGUAGGCGUUCCACUGCAUCGAAGGAGUCUUGGGGCCAGCAGUGACACCAGCUAUUGUGAACGCGACACUUGGGAUGACUGGGAGAGCAGAUCUUCACUUAGUCAAGUUGAAGAGGUGGCAACACAGAGCACGGCAAGAGAUGACGUGACGGCUCUGAAAGCAGAAAGAGACGCCCUCGCCAGAGCAUUGGCGGCGGAAAGACAACGUGCGGCCACCGCGGCCCGAGCUCACGAUGCAAGGCUGGCUGAACUACACGGGGUCAUAGCUGAACUGGUGCGCAGGAGAGCCGAUAAACAGGCCAGAGCGAUACCAGAAGAGGAUGGCUCAGACGAGUGCGAGUCGACCACGCAGCCGGCGGAGGAGCUGGACAACGACGCGGAUCCGUCCAGGACCGAGCAGAACGACACCUCCUCGUUGGCGAGUCCAGCCGAGCUCCCGGCGCCGCGGGGACCGACCGCCGGGGACGCGCCUGAUGACGCGACCGACGCGAGCGGAGACGACCACAGCAGGCCGUGCAACCCGACGAUAGAGGUGACGUCAUCGCAGCAGGUCACGGACUGCGACACCAGUCUGAACCUCUCCGAGAGGGACUCCGAGCUGUGUCUGACCACGGCCAGGUGCUGCCGGGCGGCGCGCCAGCCCCGGAGCGCCGGCGACAGCUGCGAGCGGCAGCGCGGCUCCCCGGCCUCGCGCGGUCGAUCGGAGACGAGACGAGCCAAGCUGGCCUCGCGCGUCCGGCUGCGGACGGCGGACUCGCGCGACCCCAGCACGGACGAGGCGUGGUCGCUGGAGGCGGAGCGGCUGGCGCAGGACGUGUGCGCGCAGGCCGACCUCCGGGAGGCGCUCGUCGCGGCCGGCAACGACGGCGAAGCUCUGUCCGCCAGCGUGGAAGCCUUAAAAGCUCACUGCCGCAAGCUGGAGGCGGACAACGCUGUGACCCAGGCGGCGCUGGAGCAGGCCACCGACGUGGUGCACAGGCUGUACACGUUCUGCAGCGUGCAGGAGUCCUGGGUAGUGCAGCUGUGCGCGGCGCUGCGGGCCGCCGACCGCACCGUGGAGGCCUACGACGUGCUGCUGGCGCUGGCCGAGACCGAGCGCCGCGCCGCGCCACACCAGCGCGAGGCGGCGGAGCUGGUGGCGAGGCAGCUGCUGGCGCGACUCGACGCGGAGCAGCGGUGCGCCACGAUCGGGGAGCCCUUACUGUCGCCGGGGCCGUGGUUGGAACACGAUAACAAUGCGGAGGCGGGCGGCGCGUGGGGGGGCCAGCAGGAGGCGUCCCUCCGCCGCCACGUGGCCGCGCUCAAGAGCUCCGCCGCCGCCCUCCGGGACUGCCGCCCCGCGCUCUACUCCCAGCACGACGGCGCCGAGGAGCUGUCCGGGGGCGCGGCGGACUACAGGCUGAUGCAGAUGGAGGCCGCCAUCGUGCUGCAGCAGGAGUCCGCGCAGUUGAAGGAGCGCGUGGACAGCAGCAGGCUGUGCGAGGGGGCCGCCCCGCGCCCGCCGCCGGACGCGCGCCGCGUCAGUGAUGCGAUUGACAAAAGGAAUCUCGAAUCCAAGGGCCUACGGUCGGAUGUCCGCGCCUCCAAUGUCGCUAAUAAUUAUUCGUUCUGAUGUGUCACUAGCAGGUAGUGUGCCCCCCGCCCCCCGCGCCCGCCCCCGCGCCCCGGGACCGCGCCGGGCGAGAGAAUCGAGGAAAUCAUGGAAACAUUAUGAGUAACCGACGCGGCUGAUGAGUUGGGGGGCGGGGGAGUGGGGGGGGGCGUCACGUAGUGGCAUGGACAAUCUCUGACGUCACCACGUCUGUCCAUUGACAGUGUCGAUAGCGGGAGCACUUGAAUGAGUCUAAUAUCAAUUAUGUAAUUGUACAAAAUAAUAAUAAUGGAGCAUUAAAGUUUGAAAUGUUUAAAUCCUUGUUGAAGUAUGUCGGUGUGCGCAGUGAGUGCUGAUGCUUAGUCAGUGGAUGUCGCUGUCCGCGGGCACACCGGCGCGGCUCGCGGCCGAAACUAAAUCUUAAGUAAACACAGCCGGGGUCGCACUGGCAAGCCGCCCGGUCAGGUGUAGGAGUGUGGGAGCCGCGUAACCACUGCGCAUCAAGCGAGCCGUGAGCUCGUCGACAUGUCCGGAUCAACAAACCCGACUUCAAUGACUGUCAGUGGCCAACAUCCGCCCUCCAGCGCCGCGAGCUGUGCCGGGAUGAGACUGCGCUUAACGCCAAGCGAGCUGCUUGCUCGUCUAAUAUGUUUUGUAUAAUAUGGUUGGCUGGCGGACAGCGCAGGGUGCUAGUGCUAAUAUUAUAAAUAAAGUUGAAGCAUUGAA